ACUUUUUUUGAACGAGGACGUGUUUCCAAUGUAUACAAAUUCUACAUAUUUUCACAGUGAUUUAGUAAGCAAAAUUUUUACCCGAGUGUGCUCAGGUAAAUGGAAGCGUGUGAGUUUUCGAAGCAGAUGUUACCAAGUUUUACAAGAGGAUUGAUGGAGAUAAAUUUGUAGCUGUUAGUGUUUUGGAAUUGUACAGGAUGCCAGGGAAGAGCAAAGAAGACACAUGGGGAGCGAAGGAAUUGACUGAAUCUAUCAAGGAAGCACGGUCAUCUGGGAAAAGCAAACACAGGGAUAGAGACCGUGAUAAAGAAAGAGAAAAGACAAGUGAUAAAGACAAAGACAGACAUAGGGAGAGAGAUAAAGAACGUGAUAGAGAGAAAGAUAAAGAUAGACACAGAGACAAGGAUAAGGAAAGACAUCGAGAUAAAGAACAUGACCGUACAAGGGACAAGGAUAGAGACAGGCAUAGAGAUAAGGAAAGAGAUAAGGAAAGAGACAGAGAUCGUGACAAACACAGAGAAAAGGAAAAAGAAAGGAGAAAGGAUCGUGAAAAUGAAUCUUCAAAGGAGAAGGACAGAGAAAGAAGAAAAGAUCGUGAAAGGGAAUCUUUAAAAGAGAAGGACAAAGAAAGAAGAAAAGACCAUGGAAGGGAUUCCUCAAAAGAGAAGAACAGAGAAAGAAGGAAAGAUCGUGAAAGGGAUUCAUCAAGAGAUAAAGACAGAAAGGAAAAGGACAGAAGCAAACACAGAGAGAAGGAAAAGGACAGAGAUAGAGAAAAAAAGGAAAGAUCACAUGAUAACAGAGAGAGGGCAGAAAGGACAGACUCUGGAAAAAAGGAGAGACACAGAGAUAAAGAUGAGAAAAGGAGAGAACAAAGGAAUGAAGACGGCAGUAGGGAUAGAGAUAAAUCAAGAACCAAAGAUGAGGAGCGAGAUAGAAGAAGGGAGGAGAAAAGGCACAGAGAUAAAGACAGAGAGAGGAAAAGAGAAAAGGAAAGUCAUGAUAGUGACCGUGAGAAAAGGAAACAUAGAGACAAAGAUGGCUCGGCUGAAAGGAAGAAAAGGGAAAGGAGUGGAGAGCAUAAACAUCGGAAGGAACAUCGAGAAGAGAAAGAUAGAAGGAAAUCAGAAUAUAAAAUGGCCGAGAUGAGAGACUGGAGGAGAAAGAUAAAAAGGAAAGAAGACAGCAUGAAAAUAAUCAUGAAGAUGAGGAAGAGACCAAGUCAAUUUACACAAAGAACAGUGUUAAACUGCAGUAAAUCAGUGUUUGUACCCCAGCUUCCUCCCCCUCCAAACACAAAUAUGCCAAGUGAGAUUGAUAACCUAAGGAGAGCAAUGGCUGCUGAGAAUGAAGCUUUGAGACGAAGUGCAGAAUCACGUGACUCAAGAUCACAACAAUCAAGUGCAAACACCCGUCCAACCACUUCUCGAACAGGGCGUACCUUUAUUAAUUUUGUAGCAGCCAAGCAGCGUGAGAUUAGUGAUCAGGUUUCUCAAAGGACUAAGAAAAGAGGUCAAGAACUCAUGACCUUGAUUGACCUUGACUCAACAGGUUUUGAUAUCUUUGAUAUGCCUCCUGUUAGGGAAUAUGACCGCUACAUCGCAAGCUUUGGCCGCUCAAACACUAAACAGGCUUUUGUACAGUGCAAUGAUGAUAACUUAGAUCGUGAUAUACAGACUGAAGAGAUUGAUAAGAAUGAUAGAUGGACCCAACAUCCACAAGAAGGUAGUGCUGCUACAGGAGGAAGCAAUGUCAAAGGAGAGAGUGAUGAAGUACCACUAGAAAGAGAGACAAACUCAUUACAGUUCAAUCGCUUUGUGGAGAAUGCCACUCAGCUGAUCUCUGUCCUGUUAGAUGAGCAAUUGGCCAUAGAAGAUGAGAGACUGGAGGAGAAAGAUAAAAAAGAAAGAAGACAGCAUGAAAAUAAUCAUGAAGAUGAGGAUGAUGUAGGAGAGGAGAUUCACAAUGCACCAGAAAGCAAUGAGCAAAAUCAAGAAGAAUCAAACCAGGAUUAUGCUUAUGAAGAUGAUUUUGAAGAUUAUGAUGAUGACUUUGAAGAUGAUGAUGAAGAAGACAAUGACGAUCCUGUAAUGCCAAGUGAGAUUGAUAACCUAAGGAGAGCAAUGGCUGCUGAGAAUGAAGCUUUGAGACGAAGUGCAGAAUCACGUGACUCAAGAUCACAACAAUCAAGUGCAAACACCCGUCCAACCACUUCUCGAACAGGGCGUACCUUUAUUAAUUUUGUAGCAGCCAAGCAGCGUGAGAUUAGUGAUCAGGUUUCUCAAAGGACUAAGAAAAGAGGUCAAGAACUCAUGACCUUGAUUGACCUUGACUCAACAGGUUUUGAUAUCUUUGAUAUGCCUCCUGUUAGGGAAUAUGACCGCUACAUCGCAAGCUUUGGCCGCUCAAACACUAAACAGGCUUUUGUACAGUGCAAUGAUGAUAACUUAGAUCGUGAUAUACAGACUGAAGAGAUUGAUAAGAAUGAUAGAUGGACCCAACAUCCACAAGAAGGUAGUGCUGCUACAGGAGGAAGCAAUGUCAAAGGAGAGAGUGAUGAAGUACCACUAGAAAGAGAGACAAACUCAUUACAGUUCAAUCGCUUUGUGGAGAAUGCCACUCAGCUGAUCUCUGUCCUGUUAGAUGAGCAAUUGGCCAAUAGAGUAGGAGGCAAGCUGGAGAGUAAUAAGAGGAGUAUUGUAUUCAGUGAUGGUUAUACACUUAUGAAUACUGGUACUCCUAUACUACAAGGGCGUUCUAUCGUCAGAGUAGUAAUUCACCCAGUUCAAACAAACUUAAUCAUCACCAUGCAUUCUAUGCCUAAAACAGAUUUAAUGAACAUUGAUGACAAAGAUUUGAAAGUGCUAGAGAAAGCAGGCUUAACUAAUAGAGGGCUAUUGUGUGUUUGGAAUAUUAAUGAGCCUUCAAGACCACAAAAGAUCCUGGUGUUGAAGUCUGUUCCUACAACAUGUACCUUUAGUCCAUCCAAGGCAACAAUGGCUUUCUGUGGAACAGUUGAUGGUUCAGUGUGUGUAUGGGAUCUUAGAGAACCUCCCAGUAUGCAUCAGAAGUGUGAGUUUGGUUGGGGUCAUAUAAUGGUUAGAGUACCAACCUAUAGUACAGAGGCUGGUUGUCCUGAGGAGAGUCAUCAUAGUAGAGUGGCUGCUAUGCAACCUAUUAUCAGCUCAGAUGAUGCACAGAAAGCAACAACCAAGUCAAACUUAAAUGAUGACUCAGUGGGAUUUUCCUUUCAGUUGGCAACAGUGGAUGAGAAAGGCACCAUCAGUUUCUGGGUUGUCAUAGAGAUUGACAAGCCUGAUGAUGCGGGUUCAGAGUCUGAUCUUGGUAAGCUUGGUACCAGGGGUAGAGUCAAACUCAUCAAAAGUUCAUCUAUACAACUGCAGAUUCCAACAAGGGAACUUGGACCUACCUAUCAGCUGAAAGUGACUGAUAUGCAGCUUCUGCCCUCCAAUCCGAAUCAUUUCUUUGUUGCAACAGAUGCAGGGUUCAUCUCACAUGGGGCACGGAAUACAGAGAGGGUUUCCCCCAAGUACUUUUUGACCAAUGAUGGUGUUCCAGUUGGAGUCAAAUGCAUAGACUUCUCGCCAUUUAAUCUCCCAUGCUUCUUGGCUGCCAGUGGAGAUGGGAGUAUAAAACUCUUCAGUACCGAAAGAGGUACUCCUCUUGUGAGUUGGCCUAAUUCCACACAAGGAAUGUCCAUAGUAGCAAUAUCAUGGUCCAGAUCCAGACCAUCUGUAUUCUUUGUGAUGGACAUUGCAUCCAAGGUCUAUGUUUGGGAACUACUAGAGAAUGACUCUGGACCGGUCAAAACAGAGCAGUUUACGCGUGGAAGGUUAUCAGCUCUUGCUCUAGCCAAUGAUCAUGCAGCUACAGGAUGGGGUGUAGCAGGUAGAAAACCAGAAAUGAUUAUCACUGAUAAUAUGGGUUCUUUGGAUGUACAUGUUCUCAACUCACGAUUCUCAUCUGCUAUUGGAAGUGAGUUAGAUGCCUUUAGUGAUCUUCUUCAGCAGCUAAUAUGAAGAAGAUAUUAAUAAUGGUUGCUGCUAGAAAUACAAUGAAACCAUUUCCUUCGAUUUUAAGUAAGGGCUACAUGAUAUAUCUAAUUUAGGUAUCUGAUUAUCAUCAUUUGCGAUAUCAUGAUUACUGUUCCCUAUGAAUAAUUAUAAAGGUAUAUUUAUGUGUCAAUUCUUCUUGAAUGAACAUAUGAAAAAAGAGCCGAUUGGGGUCUACAAUUUUCUAACCUUUUACUUUGGACCCUGUUAAGUUGGAUAAGAGUGAUGAUGAUCUUGGUUUAAUGCCAUUUUCUAAGUGAUUUUCAGCAGUUUGAAAACUCUCCUAUUAUACAACAUGAAAGGUGAUGUAGCUUGUACUCAGGAUCACCAAAUCCAUGUAAUGCCAGCUUUUAUCCCUAUUUCAAUUAAUUUAUAUUCCUUAGUUGGUCAUAUUUUGAAAUUUCAUUCAAUGAAGCGAUUCAUUCUCAUUAGGCUGUGCUUUUGCAGCAAGUGUACACCCAUGAAAAUGGUAUUUUCUAUGUGAAAAACAUAUCUCAUUCCCGAAAGUUUAGUAUUCUGCAGUGGAGCUGAUAUUAUAAUCAUAUCUUGAAUUUCUUGCUCUCAUUUUCAUCCUAUUUGUAACAUACCAUUACUUUAGCUCCCUCAUAACACUAAUCUGUUAUCAAAUAGUAUGAGUUAUGAAUUUGUUGAAAUGGGGAAGAAAAAGUAUAUGAAAAGUUAAAAUAUGCAAAGUGUGAUAUGAGCAAGAACCAAAAUGUACUUGGAUUGUUACAAUAGGUGGAUGAAAGGCAACUGUUUUGCAAAAGAAAAAGAAGUAUGUUACAAGAUAAAAAUAUUUUGUAGGCACCUCUCUUUUACAAGGACAUUUUUUUAUCUUUGUGAAUGAAGAAAGGGAAAAUGAUUUAUUAUAAAAAAAUAAUAAUCUGGUUGAUUAUAAGGUACUUAAGACAUACAGUGAAGUAUAUUGUUGGUGGAUUGUUUAAAACUGUGUAUCUCAAAAUUUAUUUUAAAAAAAGCACAGCUCAGAAAAAGCUCUGUAGUAGAAUUUUGACACAGGUAUCAUUGCCACUCUGACCAGAACUAAUUUUCUUUGUUUAUUUUGAGAUGAUUUAACAGCCUACCAAUGACACUUAAUAGAGAUUAUUACUACCCUGGUCAUCGGUUUCAAUUAGUAUUUCAGAUGUACAAUACAUUUUCUACUAUCUGUGAUUUUGUUUUCUUCUGAAAACAGAAUAACCAUAGAAAUGUUAUCUUGACUGAUUAAAUCUAGCAUGUUGUUUAUCAAGCAAAAUACUAGUGCAAUUAACAUGCCAAGUGUUGAAACAUGUGUGUAUAUACAUGUAUGUAUAUUAGUAUAACUAAUGCACCUUGAUUCUUUUGUCCAAAGAAUGUACAUAUUUGUAGAAGUUUGUGUCUAUUUUUCAGGAGUCCAGUCUCUGCUCCUGUAUUGUGUGAAAUACAGGAAUUCAAAAUUAAAAUCCAAGCUCACUCAAAGUUUGCUAUCAACUUUGUAACAAAUAAUUCUUGAUAUAUUUUGUGUAAAAUCUGUACAUUUGUGUCAAUAAUGAAGAGAAUUUACAAAGUUUAAAUAUAUCAUUGUAAAUAGAAUAUACCUUUUAAAUAUGUGUGGAAAAAACUUAGGAAAAGAAGAAAUGGAGAAUCUUUUAGACUUUAAACUCAGUUAUACAUAGAUUGGUAAUAAAUCUUGUAGUGUUAUGUUGUGGGUGAAAAGAAAAGGAAUUGCUAUAUUCUUAAUCAUAUUGGGAGAAAUCAUCAUACUUGCGUGUAAUACAGUAUAAAUCAUUCACACAAGGACAUUACUGCAAGACUCUACGUCCCUGGAAAGACAAGUUAUGCAGGCUCUUAACAUCUGUCUUUGUAAGACUGGCACUCUUCAGCUCUCAAACUUUGAGUAGUAAUUGUAUUUCUGUGAGUUUACCAUGUGCAAACUUUCAUUUGUGUGUUUAUGAAUUGGGAUCCAAUCUAAUUUAUGGUAUUGAUUGGAUUCCCUUUUUUGUUGGCUUAUUUUGUAAUAAUUUUGUAUUAUAUAAUAAGGGUCUUAGAUAAAUUUUCUCAUAUCAACUGUAAUAUUUAGGAAGACUGCAUCCAUGAGAAAAGCCUUGAAUGUUACACCUUUAGGCAACUAGUCCAAUGUCUGUGCUAGGCCUUUAGCAGGAAUCUCACUCUAAGAGUGCUAUGUGUCUUUUCAUUCUUGCAUUCCUGCAUUCACCAAUAUUUGGUCUAUCAUGGAAUAUGAAGAUUAGUAAUGAAAAGCUAUGGGAUUCCUGCAGGAAAGAUGUAACUUUGACUUUUUACAAGGUACCCUUACAUCAGUAAAAUUACUCAAACAUUGAAUGGGGGAAUUUCAGGAUUAAAUCAUUUUAUAUAGCCUUUUGAUAGGAAAUAACUUAAUCUGUAUGAUAGAUGUUUAAAAGGCCUUUAUUUAGGAAAAUAAAAACAUUAAUGAGAGAGGGCACUUAAA